AUUUUUCUAAAAUUUAUUUUUUCAAACGGCAAGAACAAUGACAAACAUGAAUUAGAUUCAAAAAAAAAAAGUUGUCAAAAAAAUAGUGAUUGGUGGAUUAACAUGUAUAGGAAGAACAAGGAAUUUAUGUUUGUACGGCAUUCUGGAAAAGAUGAAAAAACUUUUGCAAGUCCUCGUCAUUAGCACAGAGAACUACAUUUUUCACGUAUGCAAAUUGCUAUUGGAAACGGAGAUAGGCAGGUCUCUAUCAAGUAAUCAUCAAAUAGGCAAAAGGAGUUUCUAAUGGCAAAUCUUUUGAUCAGCUGAUCAUGUCGUCCCUGAUAUUCUAUCCAGCAGGAAACGAUGUGCAAUACAUCCACUCUAAAUAGACAGUAUAAAUACACCACCAUAUGUGUUCAAGCUCCUCAUAGGAAAGCCUUCUAUUCUCAACAAUCUUCAGAAAUACACUCACUUCGCACGCCUUCUAAAAAUCUCUCGACAGCAACAUCAAACUCUUGAGCCCCCUGUGACAAUGGAUGCGGUGAAUGUAUUGAUUCAAGAAAAGCCAGUGGUGAUUUUCAGCAAGAGUUCUUGCUGCAUGAGCCACUCUGUCGAGACGCUUAUACGAGGAUUUGGAGCGAAUCCAACAGUUUAUGACCUUGACAGAAUUCCAAAUGGACAACAAAUUGAAAGGGCAUUAAUGCAGCUUGGGUUUCGACAGAGUGUACCUGCUGUGUUCAUAGGCCAACAGCUGGUUGGUAAUGAAAGGAAUGUGAUGAGCCUACAUAUUCAGAACCAGCUAGUCCCAUUGCUUAUACAAGCAGGUGCUAUUUGGAUUUAGAAUAACUUGUUUCUCCCUGGCACAGGACAUGGAUCAUGUCAUCCUGCUCAACAUUUAGAUAAGCUACUAGUUCUUUUUUGUUGUACUUUUCUUUUUUUCCUAGAAGCAGAAAAUAAUAGGAGGCAUGGUUCAGAACCUGUUUUAGUUUUUAAUUUAUCCUGACAGGAUCACUCUUGUUUGCUAAUAAGAACUUCCACACAUCUAUGCUGUCUUUCAUAAAGAUGUUGAGCUUUUGUUUCUUUCUAAGGGUUCAAAAUCAAGCAUUUUGGAGCACACACCGAUGUUUGAUGUGUGAGAUACAGAGCAUGAGCACUUUGUGUUGAGGAUAACAAGGGCUGGGAAGACUUGUGAACAUUUG